GAAUCACGUGUAGAGAAACGUUUAUCGUCAUGUCUGUGCUGUAGCAGAGUUGCAGUGCUACAUUUUAUUAUUUGUUUCCAGUUGUCGCUGUACUAUUUGACAGCUGCUUUUUUCCCUCAUACACAUUUUAACCGAAGAAUGAGCGAAAACGAUGACAUCGAAGUCGACAGCGAUGCAGACAAGCGAGCACAUCACAACGCCCUGGAGCGCAAACGUAGGGACCACAUUAAAGACAGCUUUCACAGUUUACGAGAUUCUGUGCCUUCAUUACAAGGGGAGAAGGCUUCCCGAGCGCAGAUUCUAGACAAAGCCACUGAGUACAUCCAGUUCAUGAGGCGAAAAAAUCAUAGCCACCAGCAAGAUAUUGAUGACUUAAAGAAGCAGAAUGCACUUCUGGAGCAACAGGUUCGUGCCCUGGAGAAGGCCAAGGGGAACACUCAGCUCCAGACAAACUGCUCUUCUGACAGCAGCUUGUACACAAAUCGUAAAGGGAGUGCAGUGUCCGCCUUUGAUGGUGGGUCCGAUUCCAGCUCCGAAUCAGAGCCAGAUGAGCCGCCAAACAGAAAGAAGCUGCGCGUGGAGCCCAGCUAGACUACGAGAGCUCCUGGCUCUCCAAACAGACUCUCUUUAUCCACCAGCCCCACCUCUUCUUACCUUGUCUCCACUUAGUCCUGCAUACUCAUCCUAGCCCAGGAGAUGAGGUGGAGACGGUGUGAGAGAGGUGCUAUUAUGUAUAAAAUGCUUCUGCCACUUGUUUUCAUCCUAGCAAGCAUCCUGUCACUCCUCUUGUGGCCCAGCUACACCUUUUUUAAGACCCCUAGUAUGAGGCAGCUCUGCGGUUUUGAAGGACUUGAUUUUUAGACCUCAUAAUAAUGGUUCAUAAUUAAAUGUGAACUGACAGUAAGGUUACAAAAAAAAAAUUUCCUUGCAUUUGUUUUGAAUAGCCUUGGCAAUCUGUUGGAGGAGUUGUGAGACCUUCCGACCUCUGACAAAAUGACAGUUACAGUAUACUUUACCUUUUUAAUCUUCAUACUUUUCCAGAAAUGAAUGUGAAGUUGCUUUUGACAAAAAUAUGUUAUGCAAGGUGCAACCCUCCUUAUUGAGUGUAAGUGGCUAAUAUUUUUUGGUUUUCAAAAUGUUUGUGUAAUCAAAUGAAUCCUUGUCUUUGUAACGAUGCAUCGAAAUUGAUUUCAUACCCUUAUAACGUGGUGUGAAAAAAGUGUUUGCCCCCUUACUGAUUUAUCUUUUUGCAUGUUUGUCACACUUUAAUGUUUCAGAUUAAACAGAUUUAAAUAUUAGUCCAAGAUAACAAGUAAACACAUCAUGCAGUUUUUAAAUGAAGGUUUUUAUUAUU